UGAUUUUUAAUGUCUGUUCGGCUAAUUUGUUGAACUAAUGGAGGUGGUAUCUAUACUCAAGUCAAACUAGGCUCUGUUGUGUUCUAUGAUCAAAGGUCGUGUUGUUUGAUACAUCUUUGCUCAACAACAUGGCGUCGAAAGAGAGAGCAGAAGAUCAUCGAAGAAAGUGGGACCGCGAUGAAUAUGAACGUUUGGCUGCAGAAAGAAUACAGGAAGAAUUGGAAGCACAAGAAAAAGCGAAGCAAAAACAGCCACCUAUUAAACGAGACUUAUUGCGGCAACGUGACUACCGAGUUGAUUUAGAAUCCAAAUUAGGAAAGAGUGUAGUCAUAACAAAAAACACUCCGUCGUCGCAAACAGGAGGGUACUACUGUAAUGUGUGUGAUUGUGUUGUGAAAGAUUCCAUUAACUUCCUAGACCACAUAAAUGGAAAGAAACAUCAAAGGAAUUUGGGAAUGACUAUGAGAGUUGAAAGGUCUUCUUUGGAUCAGGUGAAAAAACGUUUUGAACUUAAUAAGCGAAAGCUGGAAGAGAAGAAAAAGGACUAUGAUAUUGAACAGAAAAUGAAAGAACUCCGAGAAGAGGAGGAGAAACUGAGAGAAUAUCGCAAGGAGAAACGCAAAGAAAAACGACGAAAAUUAGAUGAAGACACAGACACAACACCAAGUUCAGAAUUAGCAGCUAUAAUGGGAUUCUCAGGAUUUGGGUCUAGCAAGAAGUGAAUCCGGAAUGUAAUAAAUAUCAGCAACAUACCAAAUGGUCUUGUUAUUGAACUGUGUUCUUCAUUACUCCACACACAAUAGGAAGUGUUGCCAGUAAAAUCAUGAGACUAAUUUUAUCACAAGAACUGUUAGAUAUAACUUAGUAAUUGAACAGAAUUUGCCACUGCAAACAUAAGCACUUGGUUCUGUGGAUAAUGGGCAGUUUGUGAAUGUGUAUUCCAAUUUUUGUAAUUUUUCCCUAGUGAAUCUGUGUAAGUAAAUUGCAUCUUUCACUGUCACAGGACUCAUAAUAAAGCACAAUAAAAAGAAUGGAAAAAA